GAAAACGUCAAAGCUUCACUAUGGAGUGAUCAGUGAUCACAGGCAAUAAUCUGUUUUAAUGUGACUGACUUUACUGCCCCCUUUAAAGGGUUUGACAAGACUCCAUGUAGGUAGUUGACCCUUUGAUUCGGAGGGCACGUUGGUUGAGAUACCGAUUGUCCGGCUAGUGACAGAUUGGCAGCACCAGCCGGUGUGUGCCCACAGGAUGAAAGCUGGGAUCUUUGGCACCGACCAUCGACAUGCCUUACUCCGAGGGGAGCACACCGAGCUGCCCGUGGACCAGUCUAAGUUGGUCCGGGUGUUCAUCAGUUCCACAUUCACAGAUAUGAGCAUGGAGCGUGACGCUCUCCUGGACAAGGCCUACCCAAAGGUACAGGAAUUCUGUCAGAAAUUGGGCCUAGUCUUUGAGGUAGUUGACAUGCGCUGGGGAGUACCAAACACGCUGACUACUGACCACAUGACCACAGAACUGUGCCUGAGAGAGAUCGAAUCUUGUAAAAGGAUAUCACUGGGGCCCACUUUUAUUGCUCUGGUGGGCAAUCGCUAUGGAUUUCGCCCCAUCCCCCGAGUCAUUGAGGGCGAAGAGUUUGAGGAGCUGCUCCGGGAACACUCUUCCAAUUCCCAGUCCUUGAAGCUGCUUCGGGACUGGUUCUGGAAAGACGAGAAUGCGGUUCCACCUGUGUACAUCCUCCAACCUAUCACCACACAUCUCCCGGACUAUGGCGAGACAAGAGCUGAGAGGCAGGAGGAGCACGACAAGGCCCUGCGAUCCUGGCCUGAGCUCCAGCAGCGCAUUGCCGACCUCCUGCGCCAAGCGGCCACCCAGGCGGAGAAAGAGGGGCGAAUACCAAAAGGGGCCAGGCUCAAGUAUUUCAAAUCAGUUACUGAGUUUGAGAUCGACCGGGGCUUAGGUGAAACAAGAGAAGGGGACGUGUGCUCUUCGGUGUUUGUCCGCGACAUCCCCAAUCUACCGGAUCAGGUCGACCAGCAGCAGCUGCCCAAAUUCAUCGACAUUAAAGAUGACGGGAGCAUCGACACGGAGGCCCAGGAGCUACUCACCAGCUUAAAGGCCCAAAUUGUCGGCAAGUCUGCCAGGAGCCUACGGGUGCACCAGGUGCCGUGGUCGGGCGGAGUGCUGGACACGCAGAGCCAAGCUCACGCCGAGUAUCUCCACGACCUGUGCCAGAACUUUGUGGAGGACAUGAAGCAGCAGAUCCAGGGAAAGGUGGUGGCACGCCGUGGAGCCCAGGAGGAACCAGCCUGGCUCUUUGAGGAACUGCGCCACCACGGGCAUCUGUGUAGGGCCAAGCGCAGCGUCUUCUGCGGGCGCUCGCGACUCCUCAGCAACAUUGGCCGAUGCCUCGAGCUGCACGACAGGAGCACCCACUGGCCAUUGGUUGUCCAUGGGGCAUCAGGGACAGGAAAGACAGCGGUGAUGUCGAAGCUGGCCGAGGAGGUGAGGAAAACAUUCAGGAAGGGCUGCGUGGUGGUCACCAGGCUGCUGGGUACAUCGGCCCUAAGCUCAGACAUACACUCAGUGCUGAAGAGUGUCUGCUUCCAAGUGUGCCUGGCCUUCAGGCUCAAACUGCCUGCAGCCCACGUCACCAACUCUUACAUUGAGCUGGUCCGAUUCUUCCACAGCCUCCUGAGCACAGUGUCCAAGAGAAACCAAGAGGCCCUAGUCCUUCUCUUCGACUCCCUGGACCAGUUGUCUUCCAAUGAUGGAGCUCACAGGCUCCAUUGGCUGCCGAAGGUAUGCCCCGCAAAGGUCCACAUCAUUGUGUCCACUUUGCCCGAGGAGCACAACAUCCUGGCCGUGCUGCAGAAGGUGAUCCCAAAGCCUGAGUGCCACUUCGAAGUGCAGCCUUUGUCCAGCCAGCACGGCCAAGAGCUCAUCGACCUGCUGCUGAACACUGUAAACAGGAGGCUCACCACCGAGCAGCGAGACCUCAUCCUGGAGCGUUUCCGCAACUGUGGCCAGCCCCUCAUGCUCAAGCUGACCUUCGACGAGGCCAAGAGGUGGAGCUCGUACAUGCCGACCUCGGAGCUGGACGUAGCUGUGGGCACGCGGGACGCCGUGCGGCUGUUAUACUCUCGCCUCGAGAAGAAGCACGGCUGGGUACUUGUCUCCCAUGCCCUGGGAUACAUCACAUGCUCGAGGAAUGGACUGUCAGAGAGUGAGCUAAAGGAGAUCCUGUCAUUGGAUGAUGAAGUGCUCGGUGACAUCUACCAGUACUGGUCCCCUCCGAACAAAGACAUCAUCUGCCUCCCUCCCUUACUGUGGACCCGGCUUCGCUAUGACAUUGGGGAGUACUUGGUGGAGAGGCAGGCAGAUGGGUUCCCAGUCCUCGGCCUUUAUCACCGACAGUUCACAGAGGUGGUGCAUGAGCUGUACCUCCAGGCAGAAGAGAAAACCAAACGCCAUUCCGUGCUGGCUGAUUAUUUCAAGGGAACGUGGAGUCAUGGCAACAGGAAGAGCAUCACACUCCCACUCCUGAAGGACACCCUGGUUGCAGACAGGAAGGUCUCUGCUCAGCCACUGAGAUUUGGUGACGAUCUUCUGAACUCGAGGAAACUGAGUGAACUGCCACACCACCUGCUGAAAGGGGGGCGCAUUGAGGAGCUGAAACAGGAGGUUCUUGGGAACAUGGAAUGGAUAAUUUUUAAGAUACAAGUCUCAGGAAUGAAGGGUUUACUGGAGGAUUUUUAUGCAUGCACCAAGCAAAUUGAUUGUCCUGAGGUGCAGCUUGUUCAGGAUGCACUUUUACUGAUCUGGCCUACUGUGGACUUCAUGGAAAACGGAGUAGAUCAGAGUGUCCUUUUCAUUGAGAUGUUGGCUCGCCUCCAUUUCUUCAAGGGUUCUUACCCAAUGAUUGAUGAACUAUGUCAGCAAUGUGAAAGAUGGUGUGCUGCAUGCCCCAACCCUAUCUUUACACCUCUGUGCGGCUUCUUUCAGCCUCCUGGGGGACCACUAAGGACAACAUUGACUGGCUUCAGUAAAGGGGUGACUGCAAUGGAGCUAAGUACAGACUGCACACUGCUGGUGGCAGCUUCACUGGAUGGAAUGAUGAUCGUAUGGAACCUGUUGGAUAUUGAUGUGAUUCACACACUAACAGGCCAUUCUGCUGCGGUUCAGUGCAUCAAGGUGAUUCACAACAAGGCUCAUGCUGUGUCCGGAUCCUUUGACAAUACACUGCGCCUGUGGAAUCUACUGACCGGAAAAGAGAUCUAUUCCAUCCCAGAGGAUCACUCCGGCUAUGAACACUUUGCACUGCUCCACGUGGAUGAAUCUACUGACGUGAUCUACUCGGCCUCAGGCCCCCAGAUUAAGGCUUGGCACCUGAAAAAUGGAGACCCUCUGUUCCAAUUAUCUGGUGGCACCCUGGACCACACCACAUACACAGCAGUGCUUGGGUGCCACAGCUCACUGCUCACUGUGUCAUUUGGGGGCACAUUGUGCGUUUGGGACCAAAUCCAGGGCACUCUACAGUACACUUACCAUCUCACUGGCCUAAGUCUCUCUGCCCCAACCUGCAUCCUUCCACUCAGAAGCCAUGGCAAGGUCGCAGUGGGUUUCAAUGAUGGCGUUGUGGCAGUGGUAUCUCUGGAUGGGAGCUGUGUUACAGCUAAGAUCAAUUGUCCAAUCACAUUCUUGCUUGCUUCAAAAGAUGAAAUGUGUCUUCUGGCAGGCUUCAGAACGUACAUUCGAGUUUACAAAUUGGAUUGCAGUUCCAUUCUGAAAGUCCUGAUGACGGAUUUGGAACAUGGUGGCAGUGUUCAGGCAGCAGUGAUCAGUCAGGAUGGAAGCUCACUGAUCACAGGCUGCAACGACGAGACCAUUCGGGUCUGGAGUUUAUUAGACAAAGGAAAGCUGGUGGACUCCAUGGAGGGUAUGGGAGUCCCCAUCACUUUGCUUUCUGUGUCUGGCGAUACCCUGAUAUCGGCAUCCCGCAGUGCUUACUACCUCAAGAUCUGGAGCCUCGCUUACAAUCGCCAGUGCAAAACCAUUGCUCCUUUCCAUAACCGCACAGCAAUUGCUGGUGUGUCAGAAGACGGGAAGUUUGUGUGCUUUCCCAAAACUGGGGACUUGGAGAAAACAGUCAUCUGGAAUCCUGAAAAAGGUGUGACUCUGCGUACCAUUGACACUGGCAAUGAAAUCUGCAUCCUGGCUGUGGUACAGCUGAAGAAGUUACUGCUGUGCGGCCUGAGGUCUGGGUCCCUGCUGGUUUUCUGCAUGGAGACAUGGCAGAGGCUGACGUGCUGUCAGCCCCCAGGCCCAGGGGAAACAGUCCAAUGUCUCGCCGUUAGCAGAAGCGAGGAGCAGCUGGCAACAGCGUACAUCAGCUGUGUCAUGGUGCAUGCUCUGCACAGUGCGGAGUCUGACCCCUUGCUGGGCGACACCCUGGCCACAUUCUCCACUAUGCCACGCUUUGUAUUGUCCAGUAUGGCUGUCACAUCUGACUGCAGUGUACUGUUAGGCAUGGACACCGGGGAACUCCACCUCUACACUGGGAACUCACUGCCCACUAUCCUGGAGCCUCACAACAGCAGAGUAACCUGCCUGGUGACCAGUCACAAGGAACAGUAUGCCUUCAGUGGGUGUCAGGGACCAGUCCAGAGAAUAUGGAAUCUCCGGGAGCAGCAGUGGGACUAUGAGUUCUCCUACAAGGGCUUGUUCUUUCAGGGGGUUGAGUGUGCGGCGUUCUCACUGGAUGAUCGCUUCAUCUACACCGGCUCACGGGAUCGAACCAUCAAAGUGUGGGACCUUCGCAAUGGUUGCCUUUUGGUGGUGCAGUAUGUAUAUGCAGAGGUCACUAACAUUGUGCCAACUUCCACUGGGCUCUUGGCCAGCACAAGGCUGGGCUACCUCAUCCAAGAGAACUUCACGUGCCCAGCAGUUACUGAUGCCAGUUAUAACGCUAUCCGAAACAUUCGGGCAAGCUGCAGUGUGUGGGUCAGACGUGGGCGAGGUACCAGGAAGGUCUACAGCACUGGACCCAGUAAUGGCAGCAAGAAGAUCCCAGGCAAAGGGCAAGUCAGAGGCUUCCUACAGAACAGCAGACCGUCCAUACUCUGCUGCCUGCUCUGAGCACAGUGCACGGUAAAUGCAGCUCAUCGAUCCUCAGCAAACCAGCUCACAACUCCGCCCUCACUGUGUGGCGGCAGGGGGGGAAAUAACCUGUCCUGGCCCAAGCUGUUAGCAUCUUGUUCAUGUGCAACAAGCCCAUAAACAAGGUCAGUCUUUACAUCAGCAACAUGACAUCGAUGAGAUUUUUUAGCUCACUGCUUCGCACUGAAAGGGCUCUCUCUCUCUCUCUCUCUCACUCUGUCCCUCUCCUGAAGAGGCUGUAUCUUUCUGUCUCUCUCUCCCUCCCUCUCCUGAAAGGACUCUCUCUCUCUCCUGAAGGGGCUAACUCUCUCUGUAUCUCUCUUCUGAAGGGGCUCUCUCUGUCUGUCUCUCACUCACUCUACUUAUCUCUCUCUCCUGAAGGCAUUGAUACAUUCUCUCUCCACACCCCCACCCCCAAUGAGUGUAACAUCUGUCAUUCCUCCUCUCUCCGCACUGUGACAGUGAGUCCCUGUAACACUACAGCCCUGCCACACCAGCCUGCCCUUCCCCUGGGGUGGGGGCUGAUGGAGUGAGUGCCACCUGCUGAUGAAAUGAGGGAGUUUCAUUCCAGUUCUGUCGAGAAUGAGAUGCACAGCCCCCUCUCAGGUUACCACCUAGUCUGGACUCCCCUGGUGAUCAGCUGUCACUGUCCUGGCUUAGUCCAGGGAGCAUGAUUGAGAAACCCAGCUCUGGCCGAUUCCCACAGCACAGCACGGUGGCUCAGUGGUUAACACUGCAGCCUCACAGCACCAGGGACCCGUGUUCAAUUCCAGCCUCGGGUGACUGUCUGUGUGGAGUUUGCACAUUCUCCCCGUGUCUGUGUGGGUUUCCUCCGGGUGCUCCGGUUUCCUCCCAUAGCCCAAGAUUUGUGCAGGCUAGGUGGAUCGGCCAUGCUAAAUUGCCCAUGGUGUUCAGGAGUGUGUGGGUUAUAGGGGGAUGGGUCUGGGUGGGAUGCUCC